AUAUAUAAACGUCACUUAACGUCGACUCGGCGCAGGAGUUUGUUUGUCUUCAUGUCUCACGAAUAACAAGGCCAUAGUUCAAUUUAGUAAGAUCAAAGUCCGAAACUUUUUAUUAAGUAUAGUAAUAUAAAAAUACAUAAAGUAUUAUUGUUGGUGUAAGCAGAAAAACUCAAAAUGAAUCCUAUUACUCAAGUGAUACGCGCCACCAGGCCGAUCUACAGAAAGCUGUCGACCACAGCUCCCGUAGCGGCCGCAAAACCCCUGCCUACCACUGGAAUGUGCUUCGAGCUCAGCGAAGAGCAGAAGGCCUUACAAGACUUGGCUCGCAAGUUCACAAGGGAAGAGAUUGUACCCGUAGCUGCACAGUACGACAAGACUGGGGAGUACCCAUGGCCCAUCGUCAAGAAGGCAUGGGAGGUCGGCCUAAUGAACGGACACAUCCCCGAACACUGCGGGGGCGUUGGCAACCUAGGCGUGGUUGAAGAAUGUCUUGUAGGCGAGGAAAUGGCCUUCGGAUGUACUGGAAUUACCACCGCCGUUGGAGGCACGAACUUAGGACAAAUGCCCGUGAUCAUUGCUGGUAACAAGGAACAGCAGAAGAAGUACCUCGGAAGACUCGUUGAGGAACCUAUUGUUGCUGCGUACUGUGUAACGGAACCGGGUGCCGGAUCCGAUGUCGCCGGCGUCAAAACCCGCGCCGAGAAGAAAGGAGACGAGUGGGUUAUCAACGGACAGAAGAUGUGGAUCACUAACGGAGGAGUGGCUAACUGGUACUUCGUGUUGGCACGAACCAACCCGGAUCCCAAGUGCCCGGCCAGCAAGGCUUUCACCGGCUUCAUCGUCGAGAGAGACUGGCCCGGAGUCUCUCCUGGACGCAAGGAACAAAACAUGGGCCAACGUGCAUCAGACACCCGUGGCAUCACAUUUGAAGAUGUUCGCGUACCCAAGGAGAACGUGCUGAUCGAAGAAGGUGCUGGUUUCAAGAUCGCCAUGGGAGCCUUCGACAAGACCCGCCCACCGGUAGCCGCAGGUGCCACCGGCUUAGCCCAACGUGCCCUCACCGAGGCCACAAAGUACGCGCUAGAGCGCAAGACUUUCGGCGUACCCAUCGCUCGUCACCAGGCCGUGGCCUUCAUGCUGGCUGACAUGGCCAUCGGAGUUGAGACCGCUCGCCUUGCGUGGAUGAGAGCCGCUUGGAUGGCUGACCACGGUAUUAGGAACACAGUCCUCGCGUCGGUAGCCAAAUGCCACGCUUCGGAGAUCGCCAACAAGGCUGCAGCUGAUGCUGUCCAGAUUUUCGGAGGAAACGGCUUCAACACUGAAUACCCCGUCGAGAAACUCAUGAGAGACGCCAAGAUCUACCAGAUUUACGAAGGCACGUCACAGAUCCAGAGACUUAUCAUUUCAAGGGAGAUCAUUACUAACGCCAUGCAAUCUAACUGAACAAAACAUUGAAAACUAAAACCUCUUUUUUAUUAUACUACAAAUGUCAUCAAAAACAAAUGAAUAAAGAAAAAAAUGAAUGUUAAUUGUAAGGAUUCUCUAUUUAAAUCAUGUACCUUUUUUGUUUUUUAUUGGAAAAAUGUUUCCUUUAAAAUGUUGCAUUCUAUUGUUUAUUGUCAAAAUAUGUACGAAUAUCGGUCGUGUUGCUGUAUGUACUGUGGAAAUGUAUUGAAGAGCUUUUUCAAAUGUAAUAAAUGUUAGUACGUGUUAGUGUUUUUAAGUGGUUAAGUAUAACUGCGCUCAAAGAACCAAGAAAUACCAUCAGUUUUAUAUACACUUGAAAAUUAUACCCAAUAAAUAUUCUUUUUAUUUAUAA